GAUACACCCGGAUCAGGGACAUUAGUCACAUAUUAGGGCCAGAAAGAAAUCCCUUUUCCUGAGGUGUCAGUGAUGGGAUCAGACUGUAAUCAGCGGUGUCAGCACAGGCAGGAUUUAGUCAAGGGCGCUCCUCCUGCCUGUACAGCCCUGGCACUGCCAACUGGGUCACUCGCCCUGCACUCCGCACAGGUGAGGGGGACCGGUGCCCAUCUGGGGGAGGAGCCUCAAUCUAUACCUUACUACAUAGAGGGUAGAUCUAUAGGGACUUAAAAAUGUUCGGCUGGAUUGAAAAGGUGAUUCCACAACCCCCCGAAACCCCCAGCAAAUCAGCAACUGAUAACCAGGAGUGUCCUGCACCCCAAGUGGUGACCGAGAAAGCGACUUGUGCCAGCAACCCUCCAGGUGACACCAAUGUGCAAGAUGUAAAUGCAGCAUCUGAUAAAAGUUCUGGAAAUGUCCUCAGCUGGCUGGCCCAGGGACUGGGUAAAGUGGUUCCUCAGCCAGUUGACAGUCCCUCCUUGUCCCGAACCAACAAGGACAUCUCUGAGGCUGUAGUGGAAGAGAAACAAAAGCCAGCGAUUGAAACAGUAGAAAAGAAGACAGAGAAUGGUCCCACUGGCCAGACAGAAAGCUCCUCUAUAGGUGUCCUGUCCUGGCUUUCUCAUGGCCUGGAGAAGGUUGUCCCUCAGCCCACCUGGGCACACAGGACCAGCAUCAGCAGCUCACAACAAAGUGCUCCAGAGGAGCAGAAACUGCAAGUUGAAGAAAAGGCAGAGAAGUCGGAAGAAAUGAACAUCCCUCCAGUGUCCCCAGUGCACACUCCUGCACCCCUUCCUGCAGCCGCACCUACACCUGCUCCAGCUGAAGACCCACCAGCUCCCACUUCAGAGGUUGAGGCAGCAGUGCCAGAUAAGGGGUCUGGUAGCGGAGUGCUGACCUGGCUGAUGCAGGGCCUGGGAAAGGUGGUGCCACAGCCUGAAACCCCUGUGGUGGUCGCUAAGAAGGUGGAAGAAGAAAAACCAAAGGAGGAGGAACUGUCUGCACAAACCCCAGCAACCAGAAAAGACUCUAAAGCCAGCACGGAGAGUACAGGAGUUCUGAGCUGGAUCACUCAGGGACUAGAGAAGGUCAUCCCACAGCCCGUGACAAAACAGGACUCACAGAACGUUAUGCUCUGCCAAGUGGAGCAAAUCUGCAUCUUACCAUCAGAAACGGCAGAGGACAAUCUGUGUGUGGAGGAUUUAGAGACCACCCCAGAGGAGCCAAUAACCAUUCCAUGUGUGGAAGAGGAGACAGCUGGGAGAGGCUCCUUCGAGGUACCUGAAGAGCAGAGCAGAGGCAUGACCAAAGCAGAGGGUGCAGAAGAGACAGGAUGGAGCCCACACUCAGCAGAAGAGAGACAGGUCCUCCCUGAACCCCACACUGCACAGAGUGCAGAAGAAGAUCAGUCACCAGAUGAUGGACAGAUGGACCGGACAGUCGAAGAACCUCCUAUCAGCUGUGUGGAAGUUGGGGAAUGCCAGCUCAGUCUGUCCAGCAACCAGAUAACACAAGAUGGACCCAGGAGAGAUGGUGAAAUACAACCUAUAGACACCCCCAAGAGGGAAGAGAGGCCUGAGGCUUGUGAGGAGGAAAUGAAGAGAGUGGACACUCAACAAUGUGCACAGUAUAACGAGAGCAAAAUGACACAUAACGAUCCUGAAGAAGAAAUGCAGAACUAUAGAAAUGCGUCAAAUAAAUCCAAAACGGAACUGCAACUGAGCAACAGCACAGUGGAGAUCACCACUUUCAUUCCUGGAACUGAUGAAGAUACUGAAGGGGUUCAGGGCACACCACCACUGGAAUCGAAACCCCAAGAUGAAGAACAUACUGAGGAGGUUCAGGGCACACCACCACUGGAAUCGAAACCCCAAGAUGAAGAACAUACUGAGGGGGUUCAGGGCACACCACCACUGGAAUCUAAACCCCAAGAUGAAGAACAUACUGAGGGGGUCCAGGGCACACCACUACUAGAAUCUAAACCCCAAGGUGAAGAACAUACUAUGGAGGUCCAGGGCACACCACUACUGGAAUCUAAACCCCAAGAUGAACAUAAUAAGGAGGUUCAGGGCACACCACUACUAGAAUCUAAACCCCAAGAGGAAGAACAUACUGAGGAGGUCCAGGGCACACCACUACUAGAAUCUAAACCCCAAGAUGAAGAACAUACUAUGGAGGUCCAGGGCAUACCACUACUGGAAUCUAAACCCCAAGAGGAAGAACAUAAUAAGGAGGUCCAGGGCACACCACUACUGGAAUCUAAACCCCAAGAUGAAGAACAUACUAUGGAGGUCCAGGGCACACCACUACUGGAAUCUAAACCCAAAGAUGAAGAACAUACUAUGGAGGUCCAGGGCACACCACUACUGGAAUCUAAACCCCAAGAUGAAGAACAUACUAUGGAGGUCCAGGGCACACCACUACUGGAAUCUAAACCCCAAGAUGAAGAACAUAAUGCUGAGGACCUUCUGGAAGAUCCACCAAAGGAAGACCAGCAAGUUGUAGAUGAGAAUAUAACAAACGGCUCUGAAGAGGACAUUAUUAAACACAUAUACAGGCCACCAGACACCAACAAUAUUACAGGUCAAGUCCACGAAGGUGAUGGGGCACAUUUAGGAGACCUAGAAGAUGAUAUUGGACAUUCUGUGAUGUCCAAGGUCACUACACAGCCCAGAGUCAUUGCUAUGCACCUUUCUACAGAGGAAGAGCAGGCCUGGGAACGGGAUGAUGCCUUCCAGGCAAUCUCGGAUGACACACAAAUAGAUGCAGCUGAAAUAUCGCCCACAAAUAGCAUUGGAAGACCCGGAGAUGAGGAAGUCAGUGAUGAUCUCCAGCAAGAUGAACUGUCACAUCUAAAAAGUUCACAUUUAUUUUCGGAAAUCCAGAAUAAUAUAGAUGAAGAUAUAGAAAAGAGAUGUGCAGACAGCUCAGAAAUGGAGCCCCAUCAUGAGGACAGAAUGAUCCAGACUGAGGAGCAGCACACUCAAACUGAGGACACCAUGUGUCAGACAGAUGAAGAAAGAGAGAUGUCAUAUGAUGAAGACGUACCAGUGCAGACAGAGGACAGACAAACCCAAACCACACCACCCAUGGAGAAAGAUGUCCAUCCAGAGGAGACAGAAGGGCACGCCGACGGUCUGCAAGAGUCAUUCCACAUACCCAACGAGGAGCUUGUCCAAGAGGAAAAUUAUGACCACACCGAGGAGCAAAAUUUGGAUGUGGGUCAAUCAGACAGAGCCUGUGACCAGGACCAGGACCAGGACCUGCCAACUGAAGAUGCACCCCAAGCAGAGGAGAUCAUUGUGUCAGAUCUGUGUUAUGUAGAAGAAAUUGGAGAAGACAGUCCACCAUGUAGGGAGCAGCUGGAGAUCCUACCGGAGUCUACUCCAUGUAACUCUACAGAGGAGAUACAACAAACUGAAGCCAUAGAGGAGUUGGUGGACCGGAGUGUGGUGACGGAAGAAAUUGAGUCUCACCUGGAGUCAGAGGCCACAAAAGAAGUGACCAUGGAGGAGGAUGGGAUAAGCCUGACCAUUCCAGUUGCCAUGCCGAAAGUGGAGGAGGGCCGAGGGGUGGACAGAGAAGUCAUCGAGUGCGACAAUGACCGUCUGUCUUGGAUUCUGGAGGAAGAUGAAGAUGAAGAUGAAUCAGAGUAAGAUAAAAUACAGAGGAUGUGUGCUAUGUGG